CUGCAAUUCUCUAAUAAUUCUCUUUCAUUUUUAAGGCAUUAUGCAUCCAACUAUGGCAAGACAAAUUUCAGUUGGCAGAUCUCUGUGGUCAAAGCCUGGCCUGAUUUCUACCCUGAUGGGCAUUCUGACUUCUCAACUCGAUCUUGGACCAGAAGCCCAAGUGCCUUUCUGGAUGAGAUGGCCAGAUAUGUCCCAGACUUUCUCUGAUGACUCAUUUGAGGGCCUUCUUUCACUCCCCAAACACAGGAGCCAGUUCCUGUGGGCAGCGCCUGACGAGCCUGACCCUCUCCUUUCUGCAGUUCAAGGGAAAGAAGAGAUCUUGCACAAGGCACCCUGCGUCUGUCCUCCACAAGGGAAGGGUGACAUGGAGCCUCUUGGGCUGCUCAUCGUGCUCUUUGUCACAGAGCUAUCCCGAGCCCACAACACCACGGUGUUCCAGGGCAUGGCAGGCCAGUCCCUGAGGGUCUCCUGCCCCUACAACUCCUUGAAGCACUGGGGGAGACGCAAAGCCUGGUGCCGCCAGCUGGGUGAAGAGGGCCUGUGCCAGCAGGUGGUCAGCACUCACCCCUCGUGGCUGCUGUCCUUCCUGAAGAGGCACAAUGGGAGCACGGCCAUCAUGGACGAUGCCCUGGGUGGCACACUCACCAUUACGCUGCGGAAUCUUCAAGCCCACGACGCUGGCCUCUAUCAGUGCCAGAGUCUCCAUGGUAGCGAGGCCGAUACCCUCAGGAAGGUCCUGGUGGAGGUGCUGGCUGACCCCCUUAAUUACCAGGACCCUAGAGAUCUCUGGAUCCCUGAGGAGGCCGAGAGCUUUGAGGGUGCCCAGGUGGAGCACAGCAUCUCCAGGAACCUUUCUGAAGAGGAGAGCCCCUUCCCACCCAUUUCUAUCCUUUUCCUCCUGGCCUGCAUCUUUCUCAGCAAGCUUCUAGCAGCCAGCGUUCUCUGGGCUGCAGCCUGGCAUGGGCAGAAACAGAGGACACACCAUGCCAGUGGGUUGGACUGUGGCCAUGACCCAGGUUACCAGCUCCAAACCUUGACAGAGCUGAGAGACACGUGAGAGGAGGACCCACAGUGGAGGAGAGGCCCGGGAGAGGUCUGCACGGACCAACCCAGCCUGCUGCACACCCGCCCCUUGGCCAUCAAGUCUCCUGGUUCUGCUUUCGCAAAAGGCCACUCUGCCUGUACCCUGCUUCUCCUGGCCCCUGGAAGCAGGGAUUUGUGCGUGUGCGUGUGCGUGCGUGUGUGUGCAUGGGAGGUGGGAAGCACAUCUACCAACUUCUGGACAUUGGACAUUAAACACUCUCACAAAU